AUGGUCGAGAUUGAUUUGAUAACUGAAUUGAAUAGGUUGACUUUAAAUAAACAAAUAGGCUUGAUUGUGUUCGGAGCUGGUGUCUUGAGGGUGAUUGUGUCAAGGCGGGCUCCGGGCAUCGUGAGACGGUGGCUGGGGUCGAGACAAGCUUUUAAUGACGACCUUCGUUCCUCUUUUCGUCUUGGUGAUGGGCUUAGAGUGGUCCUCCGAUGGCGGCUCUUGAUGCGGUUUGUGCGGGUUCGUGGCCUUCGGGGUGGGUUGGGGGUGGAAUUAAUCGCGGGAAUCCCUGUAGCACAGGAUGUUGUAAGAUAG